UAAGUAGUGGUAUCCUUCAUGCUACAAUGAGAUAGCCGCCCGAUCUAAUUCCUGAAGGCAAGCAGAAACCGCCGCUCCAUGGAAUCUUCACUUUGCCUCCGCUACGGGCCUCUGCCCACUCUCCCCCUACGUAUCCCUUCCCCUGUCAAGCCUACAAGGCUAACCAAGCCUCAUAAAAGCUUGACCCUUUCAUCUCUUCCACUUACAAACACUAACAAUUCAAUCUACCGCCCGCCUCAGCAUGGCUCCAGUCUUGUUUGUGCCAUUAAUGGGUUCCCAAAACCUUCGACCAAUGAUGGGUGUUGGGAAAUAACCCCACAAUCGGAGAAAACACCAUCAAAAAGCGUAUGUCACCCAUCCGGAAACUGUCCCAACAAUAGGGAUGAUGGGAAGAAAAUUGUGAGAGGGAGCGUAGGGGCAUCACUGGCAUUGGCUUGUGUUCUUGGUAUCAUCAGCUGCGGUUGUACGAUGAUGAGUCCAAUAGCCAUUGCAGAUAUUGUGAAGAAUCAGAAAUCUCCAUCUAUGAUACAUAUUUACCCGAAGGGUGGGAGGGUCGCGCUGAAAUCGUUGUUGGAUAUGAGUGUCUACCUCUCUUCAAGUCAGGGAAAGCAUAGAAUAUCUAUGAAAUCUGUCUUGACGUCGUGGAAGAGUAAAAGGCUUUCAUUCGCAGACGUUGAAACCCUUAAGGAGGAUGCAAUGAGGCUAAUGAAACAUGGAAAGGGUGAUGAAGCAGUGAAGCUAUUGGAAAAGGCGUAUAAGGAUUGCAACAGGGAUUCGGAGCCUGAGUUUUAUGUGGAGAUGGCACUUGUUGAAGUUUUCAUCUGCCUGGGAAGAUAUGAAGAUGCCUUGAAAUGCAACUGCCUCUAUCAGCGAGAUGCCAUUUCAGAUGCUCGAGUUCCUCUUUACAAGGCUAUUAUAUACACUAUGUUAGAUAAGAAGUCUGCAAAGACAUACUGGAAAGAAUUCAUAAGUGCUGUUGAAGGAGAAGGAAUCCCUGACCCACGAGGCCUUCGCGAUUAACUCACCUCAUUUUCCAUCCGCGCAAAGUCCGAAGACUGGUAGCAAUGUUGGUGCAUGGCAGCGAUGAAAGCAUUCCAGAUAUUUCAUACAGUUUUAACAAGAAUUAUAUGCAUUUCUUUGUUUAACUAUUUGAUCAUAAUUUCUAUUUCUUUUUUUUUCUUUUCAAUUUCGAGUCACUCAUAACUAUAAUGCAUUGAGGAAAACUCUUUGUUAAUUUAAGUAA